AUGGCCACCGCGCGCCAGCAGCCGCCAUGGCGGCAACCAACAGAGUAUCCCGAGGCCAAAUCUCGCUUACCACCUCUGAAGAUCUGGAAUUCGUUGACGCGAUCCAAAAAUCCAUUCAUUCCAAUUGACCCUGAAGGAAAGAAGGUGACCUGGUAUGCUUGUGGGCCGACUGUCUAUGAUGAUUCGCAUCUGGGCCAUGCCAGGAACUAUGUCAGCACAGAUAUCAUUCGGCGUAUCAUGCGCGACUACUUUCACUUCGAUGUGAAUUUUAUCAUGAAUAUUACAGAUGUUGAUGACAAGAUCAUCCUCCGAGCGCGCCAGCAGCAUCUCUUCAACGAGUUCGUCUCCACCCACCCUACAAUCAACGCCGAAGUACUGGACGUUGCGCGAAAUGCAUAUACCGCCUAUUUGAAGAAGAAUCUUCCGCUACUGGCCCCCGAACUGCCCCCGGCGCAGUAUCACGAGGAGGUGGAGAAGGUCUACGCGACUGUGCUGAAUGGAGGACCUUUACCCGGCAACGAGAAGGCGGGCGAUGAUGAGGCAAAGGUUAAGAUGCACAUCAAGACCGUGGCGUCAGCUGCGAAGGUGAUCGCGCAGGCGGAAGGCCUCAACCAGGCUACUGCCCCCAAGGGCUUCGCCGAGUCCUUCUACACAAAUGCUCAAGACCUUCUCCUCCAAUAUCUGGAUUCGCUCAAGGGGUCCUCGAUCAAUGCCGACGAUCAUUCCAUUUUCACCAAGUUGACGAAGAAGUACGAGGAACGGUUCAUGAAGGAUAUGCGCGAUCUCAACGUCCUUGACCCCGACGAGUUGACUAGGGUCACCGAGUAUGGUGCCGAGAUUGCGGACUUUGUGGAGAAGAUCGUUGAGAACAAGUUUGGCUACGUUACAGACGACGGCUCGGUAUACUUCGAUAUUACUGCUUUUGAGAAUGCCGGGCACCCCUACGCCCGGCUUGAGCCCUGGAGCCGGUCCGAUAACAAGCUGCUCGCGGAGGGAGAAGGCGCAUUGACCAAGAAGACAACGGACAAGCGUUCAGCCUCCGACUUUGCACUUUGGAAGGCGUCGAAGCCUGGUGAGCCCAGCUGGACGAGCUCCUGGGGUCGGGGCAGGCCGGGUUGGCACAUUGAAUGCUCUGCGAUGGCUUCGGCCAAGCUUGGUAAGCAGAUGGAUAUUCACUCGGGAGGGGUUGAUCUAGCUUUCCCCCACCAUGACAACGAGCUGGCGCAGAGUGAGGCUUAUUGGUCCCAUGGCCACUCACACACUGACCAGUGGGUGAACUAUUUCUUGCAUAUGGGUCAUCUGUCGAUUCAAGGGUCAAAGAUGUCGAAGUCGCUCAAGAACUUCACAACCAUCCGUGAGGCACUAGAGAAAAAGGAGUGGACUCCGCGCAGUCUCAGAAUUGUCUUCUUGCUCGGCGGUUGGAGGGACGGCGUUGAAAUCACAGAGGAACUCGGAGCGAUGUGGGCGAUUUCUGAACUGAUCUCGAAGUACAACGGCGCCGACAAGUCUACACUCAAUUCCAAGGAUGUCGAGGCUGUUGCACGGUGGGUGACCUCGAUGGUCAAUAUCUUCGGUCUGAAUGGCAGCGCGACCGCCGACAGCACAGAGAUUGGCUGGUCAGGUAUUGAUGUGCCUGAAGAAGCCAAGCCUUUCCUGUAUCCGCUCUCCAGCAUGCGUGACUCUCUCCGCCAGGCUGCUCGGGCUAAGGAGGGGGUUACUGCUGAGGCUGUUGCGGAGAUUGUGAACAAGGGAACCGUGCCAGAGCAGGGCGAGACUGAAUCCGCAAGACCUUAUGCCGAACUUCUUUCGAACUUCCGCACUAAGGUGUCCUCUCUCCAGCAAUCUGAGUCGAUUGGCAAGGAGAUCCUGGCUCUAUGCGAUCGCGUCCGCGACAUCGACCUGUUCGAUCUGGGCAUCUACCUUGAAGACCGGGAAAACCUUCCCGCCUUGGUCCGCCCUGUUACCCGAGAACUGAUCCAGGCCCGGGAAGAAAAGGCAGCGCGGGCGCGGCAGAAGCAGAUUGAAAAGGAGAACAAGGAGAAGGAAGCUCUCAAGAAAAUGGAGAAGGGCAAACUGAGCCACCUGGAGAUGUUCCGGACCAACGAGUACAGCGCCUGGGAUGAAGAGGGUAUCCCUACUCGCGAUGCUGCAGGCGAGGAGAUUACAAAGAGUCGGGCGAAGAAGCUUCGAAAGGACUGGGAGAGACAGAAGAAGCUACAUGAGACUUGGCUGGCCAGUCAAAUGGGCGCCAAAUAG